UGUUCCUAAAUUAUUCUGGCUUGGUAAAGCCCCACUAGCCUCAAGCUGUAUUAAAUUGAUACUAUUGUAAACACAGGGCUAUAGAUUUCAAUACGUUCCAAACAUUACACCAAUGCUUGAAGGCAUUUCACCAAGGUUUCCUUGAACUCAACGAAGGCAUUUACGUAAGGCUUAAUUAAUAAAGAUUUAUGUCUGUCAAUCCUCUACAUGUGGUUUAUAUAUUCAGGCUGGGUAUGCAGACGAUACAGGAAAGGUAAACUUUGGUGUAAGGCUUGUGGAUGCAGACGUGUUUGUCGAACCAAAGUGUGCUCUCGACGUGUCUGCAGACGAGUACGAUGUACCAGGAGAGUAUGCCCUAUUGUGA